CAACAUCACCUAUACCUAUUUUGACCUUGAUCCAGCGAAAGCCUUCAAGAUGCAAAUCUUCGUGAAGACCCUCACAGGCAAGACCAUAACUCUGGAGGUGGAGAGUUCAGACACCAUCGACAACGUUAAGGCAAAGAUCCAGGACAAGGAAGGGAUCCCACCGGACCAACAACGUCUUAUCUUUGCCGGCAAGCAACUGGAGGAUGGACGCACUUUGGCUGAUUAUAACAUCCAGAAGGAGUCGACCCUUCACCUUGUUUUACGUCUCCGUGGUGGCAUGCAGAUAUUCGUGAAGACCCUUACCGGAAAGACAAUUACCCUUGAGGUGGAGAGCUCUGACACCAUUGAUAACGUAAAGGCUAAGAUUCAGGACAAGGAGGGUAUCCCCCCAGACCAGCAGAGGCUUAUCUUUGCCGGGAAGCAACUGGAAGAUGGCCGCACUUUGGCUGACUACAACAUCCAGAAAGAGUCGACCCUUCACCUUGUGUUGCGUCUACGUGGUGGUAUGCAGAUCUUUGUUAAGACCCUUACUGGGAAGACAAUAACUCUUGAAGUGGAGAGCUCUGACACCAUUGACAACGUCAAGGCUAAGAUUCAGGAUAAAGAAGGCAUUCCCCCAGACCAGCAGAGGUUGAUUUUCGCUGGGAAGCAGCUUGAGGAUGGCCGCACUUUGGCCGAUUACAACAUACAGAAGGAGUCUACACUUCACCUUGUGCUUCGACUGAGGGGGGGCAUGCAGAUUUUUGUGAAGACCUUGACAGGGAAAACCAUAACUCUUGAGGUGGAGAGUUCAGAUACUAUUGAUAAUGUAAAGACCAAAAUUCAGGACAAGGAAGGUAUUCCACCGGACCAGCAGAGGUUGAUCUUUGCAGGGAAGCAGUUAGAAGAUGGAAGGACCCUUGCUGACUACAACAUUCAGAAGGAGUCUACCCUUCACCUUGUGCUCCGUCUCCGUGGUGGUUUUUAAGUGCUGUUGCUCGUAAGAUUUCAAAACUUGUCUAGUAUGGGUCCCUGUUGGGCCUUCAAAUAAGUUAGAUUUUUGUGUUCUUGGGAAUUGCUUUGUACUAUCUGAAUAUCUGCAUUCUAAUAUCAAGUUUCGUGUGUCUUGACAAUCAAUGUCAA